CCCGUAGCGCCCGCUACGAAGUGCUACGCCGAGCUACGCCGCGCCUGUGACGACCUGUGAAACUCACCUGAAAUUGUUGUGUGUGUAUACGUGUUGUGUUUGUGUGUUGUACAUAAAGGUCACACGACAUUACGGUUAAGAUGAUUAGAUUAAAAAGAAGAUAAUUAGAAUACGAGUGUAUGUGUCGAUGGGCCGCUAGACUCUCGCAGGCCAGUGUUGUGAUGCGCGCCGGACAGCUCCCGUAUGUUACGUGAUGUGAUGUGAUGAGUGAGGCCAUGAUGUCGCUGAUGUUGUGUCGGCUGAUUGCGUCUGCUGCGAUCCUCGGCGCCACUAUAGCGAUGGCCGCUAAAAAUGUGCCGUUGACACAUGUGGUGGCGAUCGCCGGUGAGCCAGCGUAUCUCCCGUGCGACAUCGCGACACAAGACGAGGACGACGCGGUGCUGUUGGUGCUAUGGUACAGGGAAGACUUGGGAACUCCUAUUUAUAGUGUAGAUGCUCGUGAGAAAGAUUUCGGUGUGGCGGAGCGGUGGUCGGACGAGAGCGUGUUUGCGUCACGAGCAUACUUCCUCCCCGAGAGAAGACCGGCGGAGCUCGGGGUAGACCGCGUUAAAGCCUCAGACCAGGGCAUAUACCGGUGUAGGGUGGACUUCAAGCAGGCCCAGACCAGGAACUCCAGGGUCAACCUCUCUGUCAUAGUCCCGCCAAAUAAGAUGGUGAUCACAGAUGACAAAGGGGAUGUGAAGCAAGCAAUAGUGGGCCCGUACAUAGAGGGGGAAUCGUUCACAUUGAAAUGCGACGUGUCGGGAGGGCGGCCUCGACCGUGGGUGAAAUGGUUCCGCGACGAGGUGGAGAUAGACACGCCGUCGACGCCGCAGCAGGGAGGCGGGGUGCGGGGGGUGCUGCGUGUGGGCCCGCUGACUCGCGGCGACGUUAGAGCCACUCUCACGUGCCGCGCGUCCAACCAUCUCCGAGCGCACCCCAUAGAGACCACGCUCACGCUUGACAUGAAUUUUCCACCCUUGAACGUUCAUAUACUGGGAUCGAAUCAACCUCUAUCAGCGAGCAGAAGAUACGAUCUACUGUGCCAGAGCUCGGGUUCACGACCUCCCGCGUCCAUUACUUGGUGGAAGAACGGCCACCGGAUAAACAACACUAAGGAGACGCUGUCCUCGGAUGGGAACACGACUACGUCGACGGUGUCGCUACAAUUAUCGAAAUCUGACGCGGGGGCCAAGCUCGCCUGCCGCGCUUCCAACCCUCAGAUGCCGUCCGUCGCCGCCUUGGAGGACGACUGGACGUUAGAUAUUCAAUAUGUACCGGAGACCGUGGUGCGGUUAGGCACUAAUUUAGACCCCACCAAUAUUAGAGAAGGCACUGAUGUAUAUUUUGAUUGUAUCAUCAAAGCCCAUCCCUACGUUUACAAGGUGGAAUGGAGACACAAUGGAAAAAUUCUCUCACAUAAUGUCGGCCAAGGUAUCAUCAUUAGUAACCAGUCUCUAGUGCUGCAGUCUGUGGGCAGAAAAACGGCGGGCAACUACACUUGCGUCGGUUUUAACGCAGAAGGUGACGGAGAGAGUAAACCGUUCUCUCUCGACGUUUUGUAUGCGCCAACGUGUAGGAGUUCUCAACAAAGAGUGCACGGAGUUGCGAAACAGGAGCGAGCUCACAUAACCUGCCACGUCGACGCCAACCCACCUGACGUUAGCUUCCGAUGGACUUUCAAUAAUACGGCGAACAGUAAUGAAGUGAGCGACACAUAUGUUUCCAAAGCUGGCACGAGCUCAACUGUCACGUACACGCCUCACACAGAAAUGGACUACGGUACACUUUUGUGUUGGGCGCACAACAGGAUCGGGAAACAGCGGGUGCCCUGUGUGUACCAUAUUAUUGCUGCCGGUCGACCAGAUCAAGUCCACAACUGCACCGUAGUGAACGCAUCUCUGACGUCCUUUGGCGUCCGUUGCUCGGAAGGAUUCAAUGGAGGCAUGCCGCAGUCGUUUCUAUUAGAAGUUCGAGACAUCGUUUCGCAAGUAAUCGUAGCCAACGUAUCCAGUGCGGUGCCUCGGUUUACGGCAAUCAGUUUGGAGCCGGGGAAAACGUACGCUGCCGCAGUGCUGGCUUUUAACGCAAAAGGAAGAGGUGAUCCAUAUCCACUGAGAGCCAGCACACUCAGGCCACCAGAAAAGCAUCAUGUGCACGAUAAAAGCUUAGAUGUCCCACGCACCGCCUUCCAAAUGUCAGGAGCGAUGUCAGCAGCAAUAAGCGGUGGUGGGGUGGCGAUGCUGGCGGCGGUGCUCAUCACCGUCGCCCUCCGACAGCGGUGUGCCAAGCGCAAGCCGCGAGGCCCCGCCCCUACCGCCUCGCCCGACAAACUCCGCGACAAAGACGACAGCGAAAGCGACGAUAGGAACCCCGAUAUCAUACCGUCUGAUACGGAUCACAUGCAGCAACUCGACUAUUUUCGGCAGCAACAAGUGUCGACUAUAUCUCCGCCAAACAACCGAGCACCUAGAGGGAGUAUCGCCGGGGUGCGGGGCAGCAUACCGGGGUACUGUCCACUCCGGACGGCUCCACCGCCUGCUCAUCCAGUCAUGCAUGACAACUCUACGUCAACAGUGGGUAUUCCCCCGCCCGCCGGGUUCGCGAGCGGCUCGUGCACGCUGCCGCGCAACGCAGGCGGCGCUGUCAGCUCGCACAGCAUCCCGUUGCAGCAUCUCCGCACACUGCCGCGCGCACACCCGCACGCGCACGCGCACACGCACGCGCACGCGAACGCGCACACCAUCAGCGCGCACGCCAACCCGCCGCGCGACACGCCCCUCUGACAGACCACGCAGCUCUAGGAUAUGUAAAUAAAUUAGAAUUUUGUAACGGACUCCAUGGUUUCGGUGUUAUAUUAUGAUCACGGCGAUGUGACAGUUUCAACUCCUUGUUUAAAAGUGUACGUAUGUAUCAUAGAUUUUUUAUUACAAUGCGAUUUGUGUUUGCGUUAUGUAAAUAUGUAUUAAUUUUAACAGCACGCUGCACGAGACUCCUUUUGACCGAUGAGUGUACGAUUUAAAAUAGUUUUUUAUACCUUAUUUAUACUCAUUAUUCUUAAUAAAUGAUUUAUUAUUAACAGAAACGAUAUUAUGGCGGUGGCGCCGAAACCGAUGUUUUAAAAGUAUACUUAGGUUUGAUAUUAUGCAGCACGAGAAACUCACGGUCGGUGACCAAUAGGAAAACGUUAUUAACAAUUAUUAUAUGUGAUCAUUCCUGCAUUCUAGCAGUUGUAUAAUGUAUAGUCAGUUCUAGGAAAUACAUCGAAUCCCCUGAGUUUCUCGCACUGGAUCGAUGUUACUGUUUGUUUGUAAAUUUUAAUGUAAAUAUAGCGAAUAAUAUUCCAAUAAACAUCAUAGGUAAUUAACAUCUGAUUUGUAAUACGUAAUAACAUAGGUAGGAUAAGAUCACAGAAAUAAAUCAAGAUAGAACGGCG